AUGGGAUUUCGGAUGGCGCCGUCAGUGAACGUACUAGCUUUCAUCAACAGUAACCAGUUUCUGAACAACAACGACACAGCUUUGUUUAUUAAAAAUGCCAAUCAUCCGCAGCUGUGGCGUCUGAGAGCAAAUGUGACAAUUUCAAAAAAUUCAUUCAAAUUCAAUCGUGGAAAGUACAUCAUAUCUGUUGGACUGAACGAGGACGCCCCUGCUCAGCAGCUGAUUUUUAACCAACAAAAUGAGGUUCGUGAGAAUGUUGUGUUCAACCCGUUUCCAGAACUUCGCCCACGUACCACUCCCUAUGCGGCUAUGGUCGUCUCCAGCAGCAACGUGAUCAUUCGUCGGAACUGUUUCAAAAACCCUCAAGCCGCUUAUGAAAUUGGUACCGAACUCGACGAACACGCGAAACGGAUCGAUGCUCGAGAAAACAACUGGGGAUCGCCGGUGCCGUCGCAAUUCAUGAGCAAGAUCUUCGACCAGUUCAACCGCUAUUCCCUGGCUGAGAUCGUCGUUGGUCCGUAUGCUGCCGUCUGUAACCAGAGAAAUCCUCACAUCACUUAUCUGCAAGAGUUCUUUCGUGAAUUUCGAAAGGACUCCCAGCCUUUCGUUCUUGGCGGCACGAUCUACGAAAAUCACGACUUGGUUCCCGGCAGAUACACCGUGGUCGACGACCUACACGUGGUUCCCGGAGCGAAACUGACAAUUGCGCCGGGCUCAAUUCUCGAAUUCCACGAAGGCAUCGGAAUGCUUGUACAGGUGUGUUGA